AUGGAACCCCCUGACACUUCGGCCGAAGAGGAUGGACAUUCGUCGCCAAAACCCACGCCGCCUCUCCGGCGGCGUUACUCUAUGGAGGAGGACAUCUACUACAACCAGAUCAUGAGUGCCCCUCAACGACGCCCAUCACAACCGCCGCCUUAUCGGCCCGGCUCUCCUGAGCCUAGCCGCGCCCACAACAGCCAGGGAAAGAAGCGCGAGAAGAAGAAGAAGUCCAAGAUAAAGGAGACCUUGGGGUUGCAACAGGAAGCCGUGUACGAAGGAGAUGACGAAGGCACCGAGCAACUGCCCAACUACCAGAGCACUGUCAGCAUCGAGGGCGUCUUUGCCAAGAAACACGAGAUCGAAAAUACGACAAGAAGAGCCGAAGAUCGCCACUGGCACACCGUCUUUGUCACCCUUAAUGGCACAGCUCUCAACGUUUACAACGUCAAGAAAGAUUGGGGAUGGGGCAAAACACGAGACGGACCAACGAUAUGCCCGGAUAACCCCCCCUGGGUGCGAAAGGCAAAGCUUGAGAAGAGCUACAGUCUGUUGCACGCUGAUGCUGGCAUCGCCGCAGACUACACCAAGCGUCGAUACGUGAUUCGAAUACGUGCCGAGACGGACCAGUUUCUACUGUCGUGCAUUGAACUCGGCACCUUUGUCAAAUGGCUCGAGUGUCUCUUCGCCGCGAUCGAUGUGGCCGCACCUAUCGACGACAGGGAUUUCCCGCGUGACAUGUCUAUCCCCAGAGUACAGCGCAUCCGCUGGUAUCAAGGCCAGUCCCCAGCCUUGCCAGGCUACGCAGCCAUUCCGACACAGGGUAACGACGCCCAGUCAGUGGGUGAGGAUUCAUCUUCUGGCGGCACCCUCGUGCGGGCCCCGUCACGGCCAUCGGAAAUCUCACCCCCAACGGAAGUUGUGUCUGAGGGAGAGUCUUCCACGCCAUCGCCGUCGACUUCGCAACCAACCGAUGUCGUAGGUGGGCCAUCUAGGAUUGGGCCGCCGCGGCGGAUGAGCACCACAACGUAUCCGAACCCUUCCGUCGACCCGCACACGGGCAAGUGGUUCCCCGAACACAAGUGGUCGAGCGCUCACGACCUGCUAUACGCCAAGCUGUGCUACAGCAAUCUGCUCUUCCGCAGCCCUCGGAAGUCCAACUACAUUAUCAGCAAAGGCAAGCAAUGGUUCGUGGACUGGGGUACAGGGAGAAUGGUGCGCGUCCUGCCACCAAACUACGGCGAGAUCGAUUAUUUCGGGCCUUGGCAGGUUAUUCACACCGAAAACUCGAGGAUCUAG